UAAUCUUUGACGUCGCGCGGCUGCUUUGUAGUGCUUGGGAUUCUGGGAAAGGGAAGGGAAGUGCGGUCUCGGUGGGGGUUGGUCGGUGUCACGCAGCCUGGAUUUUCCCCAACACAGAAAGAAACCAGAUGACUUCACCAAAUAAAGCAAUAGAGUUACAGCUGCAAGUACGGCAGAAUGCAGAAGAGCUACAAGAUUUUGUGAAAGACUUAGAAAGUUGGGAAAAGGAUAUUAAAGAAAAGGAUUCAGAUUUAAGGCGGCAGAGCGGAACUCUAGUAAAGGAUUUACCUCCAAUUCGAAAUGAAGCUUAUAAGAAGAAAAAGAAGAGCAAAAUUAAAAAAGUCUCCAAGAAAACAACUGAAGAAAAUAAAAAGAACAAGAUAAAAUCUUAUGAUUAUGAAGCAUGGGGAAAGCUUGAUGUGGAUAAGAUCCUUGAAGAACUGGAUAAGGAAGACAGUACCCACGAUUCAGUGUCUCUAGAGUCAGAUUCUGAAGAAGACGGAAUUCAUAUAGACACAGAAAAGGCGCUUAUUGAGAAAGAAAAGGGCAAUAAUUAUUUUAAACAAGGAAAUUAUGAUGCUGCAAUAGAGUCUUACACAAAAGGAAUGAAUGCAGAUCCUUACAAUCCAGUUUUGCCUACGAACAGAGCAUCUGCUUUUUUUCGAAUGAAAAAAUAUUCUACGGCAGAAUCUGAUUGUAACUUAGCACUUGCCAUAAAUAAAAAUUAUACAAAGGCUUAUGCCAGAAGAGGAGCAGCUCGCUUUGCUUUGCAAAAUUUUAUGGGUGCUAAAGAAGAUUAUGAAAAAGUUUUAGAAUUGGAUCCAGACAAUUUUGAAGCAAAAAGUGAACUCAGGAAAAUUGAACAGGCUGUCAUGUUAAAAGAAGAUUCUCAGUCUGAAGAAACAGAUGCCCACAAGAGAGCACAAACUGUAGAAGAAAUUAAACAAAUUGAUAUGGAGCAGUGUAAACAAAAGGCUAUUGCAGAGAAAGAUUUGGGAAAUGGAUAUUUCAAAGAAGGUAAAUAUGAAGCAGCAAUAGAAUGUUACACACGUGGAAUUGCAGCAGAUGGCACCAAUGCUCUUCUCCCAGCGAACAGAGCCAUGGCCUACCUAAGAACUCAAAAAUAUGAAGAGGCAGAGAAAGAUUGUAGUCAAGCCGUAUUACUGGAUUCUUCGUAUUCUAAAGCCUAUGCCAGAAGAGGGACUGCUAGAGCAGCACUGGGAAAAUUUAAAGAAGCUAUACAAGAUUUUGAAAUGGUCUUGAAGCUGGAACCUGGAAAUAAGCAAGCAAUUAAUGAAGUAACGAAGCUUAAGAAUGAAUUAAUUGAAAAAGGUCUGUGCCCAGAUCAGGAAUAUCCUGGACUGUUAAAGAAUGAGAUGGAAUCACAAAACCUGGUGAAACCCAUUGAUAAACCCAUGCAUCUGAGAUCAAUAAAAUCCUUGAGAAGAAUAAUAAUUGAAGAAGUGGAUGAUGAGAUGCCAAGUGCUGAUUCAGUAGCUACCACCAGCCUUCAGCCUGGUUGGCCCAUUUCUUCAAGUACAGAAGCAAUGCAAGCUGCAGCGCCUACAAAGAAUCCAGGCAAAGAUGACUUCCAUUCUCCAGCUGAUACUCCCGAAGCAAAACUAUUGAAAAUGGAAGAAAUAAGUGAUUCUUUAAUUAUACGUAAUGAGAAAGAGGGAUUGUCACCCGCUCUACAGUCUUGUAGUUUGAAAAAACCGGCUGAGACAGGAAGCCCAGCUCUCCUUCCCGUGUCUACGUUUUCUCUGCCUCCAGUCCCUGUGAAUGCUUUCCAACUGGAAUCAGAUUUCAGAAAAUUAAAAGGUUUCCCUGAUCAGUUGUACACUUACUUGAAGCAAAUUGAUCCUUCACUUUAUCCUAAUAUAUUCCAAAACUCCUUGGAUCCAGAUGUAUUUAGCCAAAUUUUGAAAACUCUGCAGAGAUUUUAUAUUGGAAAAGAGAAGCCUUCACUGAUCUUAGAAAUUCUGCAGAAACUGUCAGAAUCAAAACGAUUUGAUAUGGCAGUAAUGUUCAUGUCAGACUCAGAGAAUAAAACUGUACAUUCAUUGUUCAGUCAUUUGAAACAGUUGGGUUUAAAUGAUUCCUCAGUUAAAGACCUCAAGACAAGAUACAGAAUUUAAGACUAAUGGCUUUCUGCAUCUGUAUGUAUGAAGACGCCUUUUCUGUAAGGCACUUGUAACUGAUGGGAAGAAACUGCAGACUGAGCAACAUGCCUUCUACUCAGAGAUAUAGGAGUUAAUUUCCACCAUCCCAGUUGUAUUUCCCUGUGCUGAUUCCCAUGUCAUUUAGGUCUCCAAUCAUCUGUAUUGGCUUGUUGGAGGGAGCAAGAAAGCAGUGUCCCAUGCAUGGUUCUUUGUAUCCAAACUUAUCAACAGCUAAGUGCGUAAUGCAAGUGUUGACGUUCCAGAUAGUUAAGAAACAUUCUGCAAUGCAGUUUAGCUAACCCCUGAUUUACGCAGGAUUCUUCAUUCAUGUUGUUGAAUCCAGCUGAUACUGAGCUGUC